AUGAGUGAGCGAUCCAAAUUAAUCCUGAAAAAAGCUCUAUUAGAGCCAAAGUCUACGGAGGCAACUCCCCUGGAAACGAAACGACUUAAAACCAGCAGAAACAACUUGGAACCAGAUUUUUCAAAAAAAGAAAUAAAAUAUCUCAGUUUGAGUGCAAACAAUGAUGAUGUGAACCUAAAGGUACCAAAUUCAGACAAAAUAAUUGUUCAAGAAGUACCAAUCUUACAGAGUCUAGUAGAAACAAUUACUCAGACUAAACCAUCGAAUUUAACAGAAAUCGUCAAUAAUAUAAAUAUAUAUGACGAAAGUUCUGAUGACAAAAACAUUAAUGAAGAAAAUAUAGAAAAUGCAUUUGGCACAAGAACAAAUAAUUUAAACGUUAUUGUUGAAGAAGUUCCGUACGUUGAAGAAGAAUAUAUUUUACCGCUUGCUAAUCACACAACUAUGAAUAACAACUACAAUGAUGAUUCGCAGGAGUACCUUGAGGACUAUUUUUGUAACGUAAAAUUAUCAGAAACAGAUUAUACAAUACCAAUGAAAGAAUACAGCCUGUUGAAAGAUAUUAGCUUAUGUACAGCAAGAUUAAAAUUCCAUGCAAAUUGUCUUAUGAAAAAUAUGAGUAACAAUGCUGGACAAUAUAAUAAUGUAAUAGCAAAGUUUCUAGGAGGUCAAAGAAUAAAUUAG